CUUAGAAAUAAAAAUAAUCGUUCCAAUCAACAACAACCACUGCAAAAAUGUAGGUCGAAAAACCACUUCACAAUCGGGAUAUGUGACGAAGUACGUGAAUCAUACCAAAACUUUGACGAAUUUACAGGACAAAAUUAAGAAUUACGCUUUCCGACGUGGUAGAUAUUAACUAUAACGGGAAGUUGAAGACAAACAAAAAAAAAACAAUCUGAACGGCAAAUUCGAUACCGAUUAUUGCAAGCGCAACGGCAUCGAUCGAAACGAAGAGACAUUGAAACGAUAGAACUAAGAAAGUGAAGACAAGGACAUCAAUUGCUUUAGGCUGUGAUUUGUAGCAGGUUGAUUAAAACGUUGACUAUAUAUAAUUUAGUUGUCACUAUUUUGUGUGUAAGAAGAGCCGAUUUUGGUCCGAUUUGAAACCGUUAUUAAUGGAACUGACAAGAUGUCGACGUACGAUUAUCGCUACGACAAUAGCACAACAAACGAUGGAAACGGUUUAGGCAGUAAAUAUGGUGCCACCAAUAAAAGUCAUAACAAUGAUGCAUUCAAGCAUCAAUUAUGCGACAUUGCACAGUCAAUGGCAUCUUUAUGUAACAUUGGUAAUUCGUGUUACAUGAAUUCCGUGAUAUACACAUUGAGAUUUACGCCGCUAUUUUUGCACAAUUUACAUCAUUUGGUGAAUGAUUUUUCCCAAAUUGUCAAUCGAAAAGAGACUCAAAUGAAAUUAAAAAGCGCAUCAUUGGGACGGAACGUGAGCAGUUUGCAAUGUCAAAAUUCACGCAGUUACAGUAGCAAAGAUUUAGUAUCGUUAGGAUCAUCAUCGUCACCAUCAUCGUCGCCCGCCUAUGAAAUAAUCAAAACAACGCAACAAACAGCCGUAGAAAAAUUACAUGAAUUAUUCAAGAGCCUAACUAGUAAUGAAAUAGCCGAUUCGAUAGAACCAUAUCAAUCUGAUAUUCUAUUGAAGGCGAUACAAGAUGUGAAUCCAAUAUUUGAAGGCAAUCAACAACAGGACGCUCAUGAAUUUCUAAUGUGCAUUUUGGACAGUAUACGAGAAUCGUGCCAAUCAUUGACAAAGGUCAUAAAUGAUUAUCCAGAAAUUGUUGUUGGUGGACUGAAUGAAAAUGUGGAACGUAGCACAAUAACAAAACCCCCAGCAAGCAUUCCGCCGGUAAAUGAACGAAAGCCUUUUUGGGCGUAUAAACGACGAAAAGAAGAAAAAAGCAAAAUAAUUACCACAGAUUCACCGUCAAAAGAUUUGAAUUGCAUUGUUGAUACAGUGAACAGUGGUGUCGUCGAUGCAGUUAGUGAUAAAAAUCCAUGUGCAGGUGGAACAUUCGUUGAGAAUUUACUAAACGGCAAACAAACAAUCCAGGAAAAAAUCAAAGCUUUAGGUUUAGAUUUCUUUAGUGAAGAUUUCGAAGGUGUAACCGCCUCAUCAAUUCAAUGUUUGGCUUGCGAAACAACAACCGAACAAAAGGAAACAAUGAUUGAUUUGGCCGUACCGAUCACAGAGAAUAUGGAAACGCAUGACCUAAAUGAUUCAUUUAUUCAGAAUUUAUGCAUAACUCGUGAACGAUUUCAAGGUGAUAAUAAAUUUCGUUGUGAGAAUUGCAAUGGUUUAACUGAAGCAGUUAGGAAAAUAUCUUAUCCAAAAUUACCGCGACUACUCAUAAUCCAGUUGAAGCGAUUUAGUGGUGGCAUGGAGAAGAUAAAUAGUUACAUUCCAACACCGUUUACAUUGCAAUGUUUCUGUUCGGAUUGUAUAUCGGACUAUGGUAACGCCAUACGAGAAAGAGAGCACGAAUACAAAUUGUACAGCGUUAUCACGCAUGUUGGUUCGACGCUACAAGCCGGACAUUAUAUUGCGUACACAUGUUCGCUCAACCAAGAUAGCAUUUAUAUAGACUGUCUAAAAAAUCGAAGUAGAAAAGAUGUACAAUUGCUGACACAGCCGACAAUGGUUGCAUUAUCAUCAUCAUCGUCAUCCGAAGAUAGUAUCAAUCGGCAAAAUUCAUUUUCGACGAAUUCAACAUCGGCGAAUUCAACGAGUACUGUGAGUAAUGUGAUGAAAAAAAUCGGUUUGGGACGAAAGAAGAGCUCAUCAAAUCACAAUGAUAUGAGUAAAAAUGCAAAAACCGUAAACGGUUUGAAGAGCAUUAUGAAUGGUUCCGAUGGAAAUGUAUCGAAUAACAGUGAAAAUGUAUCGUCAGUGAAUCCAUCAAAAACGCUCUGUCCAAGUCAUUCAUGUUGUGGCAUCAAAAUGAAAACACCACCGGCACAUGCAAAUAAUCAAUGCAACAAUAGCAAUGGCAGCGACAUCACCAUGAGCAAUGGCAAUGGUACGAACAACGAGCACACAUCAUCCGAUCAUUCAUCGCGAAAGUGCAACAUGUUGAAUGUCUAUAGUGAUCAGUACGGCAAUAAUAUUGGUGAUAUUGGCAACAGUAAUUAUGUUGGUCCUCAGAAAUUACGAAACGAACCGAUUUGGUAUAUGUGUGAUGACGAUAAAAUUAAAGCAAUUCCCCAGCACGAAUUUCGUGAGAUGUUGUUACCGAAGAAAAAUAUGAUAACGCCGUAUUUGUUAUUCUAUGCACGGAAAGAUGUCCUUGGAUCGCAUUGAAUAUUUAGGCAACAGUACAUAGGCUAUGAAUGAGGGAUCAAAAUUUCGCAACUUAAAAUAUUCAUUACUUAGAAUUUACAAGAGGAAUGUUUCAUGUCAAAAAACAACAACAACAAUUACUAUUGAACUUAAGAGAAACAAAAUGAUGACACAAAAAAUGGAUCAAGGCCAUAAUCAACAUCAAACAUUAUCAGUAGCAUUACCAAUAAUAUUUGUAGAUUUGUUUCUAAAACAAAAACAAAUAAAAUGACAACACACACACACACACAUACAAAUACAUAAGUUACACACUCACACAGAACAUGCAAAAACACGCAUGAACACAUUAUUUAUGUACUCGUUAUUAAUUCAAGUAAUGGAAACGCUACUGAGACUCACAAAACAAAAUCACGCAAAUAUUAUUGCUUAGAAGUAUAUUUUUGUUUGUUUGUUUUUGUUAUUUAAAAAAAAAUUCAAACCAAUUUAUAUAAAUCCAAAAUGCUAUUCAAAAUUUUGAACAAAAUAUUUCAAAUGAUCUUCAAAAUAAAUCGAAGAAUUCACUGAACAUGUA